ACGCGGCGUCGCCGUCAUAGCGCAGAGCGCAGCCGGCGAGCAGCACAGCUCCGGGCUCGGGAGCCCGCGCCCAUGCCAGUGCCCAUGCGGGGCCACCGCCAGUGACGCCGGAGAGGUGUCUCCCGCUCUCCCGCUCUCGUUGGAGCUCCCACCGUUUCUAGGAGUGACCAACAGAGGCCGCAGAGAUGGCCGGGGCUUCGGUGAAGGUGGCGGUGCGUGUCCGUCCCUUCAAUUCCCGGGAAAUGAGCCGCGACUCCAAGUGCAUAAUUCAGAUGUCUGGAAGCACCACCACCAUCAUUAACCCCAAACAGCCCAAGGAGACGCCCAAAAGCUUCAGCUUUGACUACUCCUACUGGUCACAUACCUCGCCUGAGGAUAUCAACUACGCCUCACAGAAGCAGGUGUACCGAGACAUCGGUGAAGAGAUGCUGCAGCAUGCCUUUGAGGGCUACAACGUGUGCAUCUUCGCCUAUGGGCAGACGGGGGCUGGCAAGUCCUAUACCAUGAUGGGCAAACAAGAGAAGGACCAGCAGGGCAUCAUCCCACAGCUCUGCGAGGACCUCUUCUCUCGAAUCAACGACACAACCAAUGACAACAUGUCCUAUUCUGUGGAGGUCAGCUAUAUGGAGAUAUACUGUGAGCGCGUUCGUGACCUCCUGAACCCCAAGAACAAGGGCAACCUGCGAGUGAGGGAGCACCCGCUGCUGGGGCCCUAUGUGGAGGAUCUCUCCAAACUGGCUGUUACCUCUUACAAUGACAUCCAGGACCUCAUGGACUCAGGGAACAAAGCUAGGACUGUGGCGGCCACCAACAUGAAUGAGACCAGCAGCCGCUCCCACGCCGUCUUCAAUAUCAUCUUCACCCAGAAGCGCCAUGAUGCAGAGACCAAUAUCACCACAGAGAAAGUGAGCAAAAUCAGCCUGGUGGACCUGGCUGGGAGCGAGCGGGCUGACUCCACAGGCGCCAAGGGCACGCGCCUCAAGGAGGGAGCCAACAUCAACAAGUCUUUGACUACCUUGGGGAAAGUCAUCUCUGCCCUGGCUGAAAUGGACUCUGGACCCAACAAGAACAAGAAAAAGAAGAAGACAGAUUUCAUUCCGUACCGAGAUUCCGUGCUGACCUGGCUCCUUCGGGAAAACCUGGGUGGUAACUCGCGAACUGCUAUGGUGGCAGCCCUGAGCCCUGCAGAUAUCAACUACGAUGAGACUCUCAGCACACUGAGGUAUGCCGACCGGGCCAAGCAGAUCCGUUGCAAUGCUGUCAUCAAUGAGGACCCCAACAACAAACUGAUCCGUGAGCUGAAGGAUGAAGUGACCCGGCUGCGGGACUUGCUGUAUGCUCAGGGUCUUGGAGACAUCACCGACACAAACACUGUGCCUGGAGGACCCAAAUUGACCAACGCCCUGGUGGGCAUGAGCCCCUCGUCCUCGCUCUCAGCUCUAUCCAGCCGUGCGGCCUCUGUGUCCAGCCUCCAUGAGCGCAUCUUAUUUGCCCCGGGCAGUGAGGAGGCCAUUGAAAGGCUGAAGGAAACAGAAAAGAUCAUAGCUGAGCUCAACGAGACCUGGGAGGAGAAGCUGAGGCGGACAGAAGCCAUCCGGAUGGAAAGGGAAGCACUGCUGGCCGAAAUGGGCGUGGCCAUGAGGGAGGAUGGCGGUACCUUGGGUGUGUUCUCUCCCAAAAAGACGCCACACCUCGUCAACCUGAAUGAGGACCCGCUGAUGUCUGAGUGCCUCCUCUACUACAUCAAGGAUGGGAUCACCAGAGUGGGCAGGGAGGAUUGUGAGAGGCGGCAGGACAUUGUUCUGAGCGGGCACUUCAUCAAGGAGGAGCACUGUGUCUUCCGGAGUGACUCCAGGGGAGGCGGUGAAGCUGUGGUGACCCUGGAGCCCUGUGAAGGGGCAGACACCUAUGUCAAUGGCAAGAAAGUCACAGAGCCCAGCAUCUUGCGGUCAGGAAAUCGCAUCAUUAUGGGUAAGAGCCACGUGUUCCGGUUCAACCACCCUGAGCAGGCCCGGCAGGAGCGUGAACGAACACCCUGUGCGGAGACACCUGCUGAGCCUGUGGACUGGGCCUUUGCCCAGCGUGAGCUUCUGGAAAAGCAGGGCAUCGAUAUGAAGCAGGAGAUGGAGCAGAGGCUCCAGGAGCUGGAGGAUCAGUAUCGCCGUGAGCGGGAGGAGGCCACCUACCUCCUGGAGCAGCAGAGACUGGACUAUGAGAGCAAACUGGAGGCUCUGCAGAAGCAGAUGGACUCCAGGUACUACCCAGAGGUGAAUGAGGAGGAGGAGGAGCCGGAGGAUGAAGUCCAGUGGACGGAGAGGGAGUGUGAGCUGGCACUGUGGGCUUUCCGGAAAUGGAAGUGGUAUCAGUUCACGUCUCUGCGGGACCUGCUGUGGGGCAAUGCCAUCUUCCUCAAGGAGGCCAACGCCAUCAGCGUGGAGCUGAAGAAGAAGGUCCAGUUCCAGUUUGUCCUCCUCACAGACACACUCUACUCCCCUCUGCCACCCGAUCUGCUGCCCCCAGAGGCCGCCAAAGACCGAGAGACACGGCCCUUCCCCCGCACUAUUGUGGCUGUGGAGGUUCAGGACCAGAAGAAUGGGGCUACCCACUACUGGACACUGGAGAAGCUCAGGCAGCGUCUGGACCUGAUGCGGGAGAUGUACGACCGGGCAGCGGAGGUGCCUUCCAGCGUCAUUGAGGACUGUGACAAUGUGGUGACUGGUGGAGACCCCUUCUACGACCGCUUCCCCUGGUUCCGGCUGGUGGGCAGUUCAGUCAUCUCUGGCUGCAACAGCUACCCUCUUCUCAACACAUGCAUGAGCGAGCGCAUGGCUGCUCUCACCCCCUCCCCCACCUUCUCGAGCCCCGACUCCGACGCCACCGAGCCUGCCGAGGAGCAGAGCGUGGGGGAGGAGGAGGAGGAGGAGGAGGAGGAGGAGGAGGAGGACCUGGAGGACGACGUCUUUCCGGAGCACGCGCUGUGCGACGGCCGGGACCCGUUUUACGACCGGCCCCCCCUGUUCAGUUUAGUAGGAAGGGCCUUUGUGUACCUGAGCAACCUGCUGUACCCUGUGCCACUGGUGCACCGCGUGGCCAUCGUCAGUGAGAAGGGCGAGGUGAAGGGCUUCCUCCGUGUGGCUGUCCAGGCCAUCUCAGCUGAUGAAGAGGCCCCUGAUUAUGGCUCUGGUGUUCGCCAGUCAGGAACUGCCAAAAUCUCCUUUGAUGACCAGCAUUUUGAAAAGUUCCAGUCCGAGUCCUGCCCUGUGGUGGGGAUGUCCCGCUCGGGCACCUCCCAAGAAGAGCUUCGCAUUGUGGAGGGCCAGGGCCAGGGUGCGGAUGCAGGGCCCUCAGCUGAUGAAGUCAACAACAACACCUGCUCAGCAGUAACUCCGGAGGGCCUUCUCCUAGACAGCCCUGAGAAAACCACACUGGAUGGACCCCUGGAUGCUGCUCUGGACCACCUCCGCCUGGGCAGCACCUUCACCUUCCGCGUGACGGUCCUGCAGGCGUCCAGCAUCUCUGCCGAAUAUGCAGACAUCUUCUGCCAGUUCAACUUCAUCCACCGCCAUGAUGAGGCCUUCUCCACGGAGCCCCUGAAGAACACAGGCAGAGGCCCUCCACUUGGUUUCUACCAUGUCCAGAACAUCGCGGUGGAGGUGACCAAGUCCUUCAUUGAGUACAUCAAGAGCCAGCCCAUCGUGUUCGAGGUCUUCGGCCACUACCAGCAGCACCCAUUCCCACCCCUCUGCAAAGAUGUGCUCAGCCCCCUGAGGCCCUCACGCCGCCACUUCCCUCGGGUCAUGCCGCUGUCCAAGCCAGUGCCGGCCACCAAGCUCAGCACGCUGACACGGCCCUGCCCAGGGCCCUGCCACUGCAAAUAUGACCUGCUGGUUUACUUCGAGAUCUGUGAACUGGAGGCCAAUGGCGAUUACAUCCCUGCCGUGGUGGACCACCGUGGGGGCAUGCCAUGCAUGGGGACCUUCCUUCUCCACCAGGGCAUCCAGAGACGGAUAACCGUGACGCUGCUACACGAGACUGGCAGCCAUAUCCGCUGGAAGGAAGUGCGCGAGCUGGUCGUGGGUCGCAUCCGAAACACUCCAGAGACUGACGAGUCUUUGAUUGACCCCAACAUCCUGUCUCUCAACAUCCUCUCUUCUGGAUAUAUCCACCCAGCCCAGGAUGACCGGACCUUUUACCAGUUUGAGGCUGCGUGGGACAGCUCCAUGCACAACUCUCUCCUGCUGAACCGCGUCACACCUUAUCGAGAAAAAAUCUAUAUGACCCUCUCUGCUUAUAUUGAGAUGGAGAACUGCACACAGCCAGCUGUCAUCACCAAGGACUUCUGCAUGGUCUUCUACUCUCGUGAUGCCAAGCUGCCAGCCUCGCGCUCCAUCCGCAACCUGUUUGGCAGUGGGAGCCUUCGGGCCUCGGAGAGCAACCGAGUGACAGGUGUGUACGAGCUCAGCCUGUGCCAUGUGGCCGAUGCUGGCAGCCCAGGGAUGCAGCGCCGGCGCCGGCGAGUGCUGGAUACCUCUGUGGCCUACGUCCGGGGCGAGGAAAACCUGGCAGGUUGGAGGCCCCGGAGUGACAGCCUCAUCCUGGACCACCAGUGGGAGCUGGAGAAGCUGAGCCUCCUACAGGAGGUUGAGAAGACCAGACACUACCUGCUCCUGCGGGAAAAACUGGAGACCACCCAGCGGCCUGUCCCUGAAGCACUGUCCCCGGCCUCCAGUGAGGACUCUGAGUCUCGUAGCUCUUCCAGCGCCUCCUCCCCACUCUCCACUGAGGGUCGGUCAUCACCCCUGGAGGUUCCCAGCGAGAGGCAGCGGGAACUGGCCGUCAAGUGCCUGCGCCUCCUCACACACACGUUCAACAGAGAGUACACCCACAGCCACGUCUGUGUCAGUGCCAGCGAGAGCAAGCUCUCUGAGAUGUCUGUCACCCUGUUGCGAGAUCCAUCUAUGUCCCCUCUAGAGGCAGCCACACUUACCCCAUCCUCCACCUGCCCCUCUCUGGUCGAAGGGCGGUAUGGUGCCACUGACCUGAGGACCCCACAGCCCUGCUCCCGGCCUGCCAGCCCAGAGCCAGAACUAGUGCCAGAGAUGGAUUCCAAGAAACUCCCUUCCCCUGUCCGGGUGACGGAGGCAGACAAGGAGCCCCAGCGCCUGCUGGUCCCUGACAUCCAGGAGAUCCGGGUCAGCCCGAUCGUCUCCAAGAAGGGGUAUCUGCACUUUCUGGAGCCACACACGUCGGGCUGGGCCAGGCGCUUCGUGGUGGUGCGCCGCCCCUACGCCUACAUGUACAACAGCGACAAGGACACGGUGGAGCGGUUUGUGCUUAACCUCGCUACCGCCCAGGUGGAGUACAGUGAGGACCAGCAGGCCAUGCUCAAGACGCCCAACACAUUCGCGGUGUGCACAGAGCACCGUGGCAUCCUGCUGCAGGCAAACAGCGACAAGGACAUGCACGACUGGCUGUAUGCCUUCAACCCCCUUCUGGCUGGGACCAUACGGUCCAAGCUCUCCAGAAGGAGGUCUGCCCAGAUGAGGGUCUGAGCCGGAGCCCUCCUGUGACAGCCAGCAGGCCAGGCCCCGCUCCCCACCCUCAUCCCUGUCUGUUCUGUCACUUGCCGCCCAGUCCUUUCCCCACCAGACAGCCCACGACUGAGUCCCCCUCCUACCUGGGGGACAUCGUGGCGGGCCCAGCGGACCUGCGCCACAUGACCGGAUAUGCUCCCAGCAAAGACUGUGCGUGUUGUUGUUUCUUCUUUUAAAUUGUGCUUUGGUUGAAAAGAGCUGGGAAAGGCUGAGAAGGCCAGAGGGCACAGGUCACAGGGGUUAUCGCUGCCGUUCUAAUAUUUUUUUAAGCAUAGACAGACUUAUUAUUAAUAUACAUUAGUUAGUGACAUUGAAACAGUCCACUGGGACAUUAACUAUAAGACUGUGUUCUAUUUAUAAGUAUUUAUUUCUAAUGCCUCCACAUAGACCUGUAAGAUUCAGAUGCCUCCCCUUACCCCGUUUGUUCCCACAAGCGUCUCCCAAGUCUGUUAGGGACAGACAGGGUGGGAGCAGCCAUCUUGGAAGACCAUUGUGAGAUGGUGUCUGGACCAGUCAGUCACCUCCUGGUUGGCACAGCACAUGGGGGUGCACCUGCCUGGGCUCAGGCUUCUCCCCAGCUGCAUGUGCAAGCCCUUGUCUCAGGUUAUGAGGGGUGGUGGGGGAUCUCCUGACACUUGAAGUCUGAGCAGCACAGAAGGUAGUGUGAGUUACUUCCAGUGGGAGGUAGAACCCACAUCUCUUCUGGGAAGCCACUAAGAUGCGACUUUAAGAGCAAUUCCGGCAGCUUUCCCCUGGAAGGGGUGUGAGAUGAUGAGCCACUUUAUGAUGAGGCAGAGGGUGCCCGGCCAUAGGGGUCUGGCCAGGGUGAAGACUGGGAGAAUAAGAGUCAGGAUUCCAGCCAGACUGUACAAACCUGCCCUGGUGGGGUUGUGUUGUAUCCUGACUAUCAAGGCAGGUAGCUGGACUGAGACCAGAAUGUCAGGGAAGGCUGGAAUUCAGGGUGAUGAUCCGGGUGUCAAGAGGCUCAUGAUUUUGCCUCUCCAGCUGUGUUAAGAAGUGGAGUGAACUCAGGUGAGCUCCUGGGAAGAAAUUCUGCAAUUAACUGGUUUCUUACAAAGAUUGUCCUCUCUUUGAUCCAAGAAAAGAGAGUUUCUGUGAAUCCCAGUGAGAAAAUUCCGUGAGUGGGAUGUGUCCCGGUUAGCAGGUGAGGGCAGCCCUCGUGAUGGUCAUCAAGAAGCUCUUUCCUUCUGCAUCUGAAGGUGUCCUCUUGUUCUUGUUCAUUUCGUCCCCUCUGCAGACCCCAAGGCCUGAGGGCCACCCAGGAUAGGACAGAGUCAUUCUGAAGCUGAAAGUCUGGUCAUAGGUCAUGCCCAGAGUCCUGUAGGAGAGGUUCUUGACCAGAAUUCCAUGUGGUCUCUCUUUAGCUCAAGGAAAAUAAGUAGCCAAGUAGCAAAACCUCCACCCACCAGGAGCAGUUUCCAUUCCGGUCUGGCACUCCAGACCCAGGUCCAAGCGAUUCUCUGGCACAGCUCAGCACCUUUACCAGAUCCUGCCACUUGGUUUGGAUGAGCUCACUGCACCCUGUGCUACUGGGUCUGAGGUGCCUCCAUUAGCCUAGGCUGUCCCCUUGUGGUACUGACGUGAUGUGCAGAGACUCUCUGUCCUGUGACCUGGGGCCGAGUGCGUGAAGCAGCAUCUAGGCAAAGAAACAGUUGGCUCUCGAAGUUAGGGGGAGCACCCACCUUCCACAGCAAGUGAGCAGGUUCCAGUGUGAGGUUUUCUUUUGGGAAAGUUGUUCAGCCCCCUUAACUUUUGCCUGGGAUGGCAGGAUGCAGGACAGGCAGGCUGGAGCCCACUCUGGCCACAUUAUCAGUGCCUGCCAGCUGAGGCGAGCUCAGGAGUUGGGACUGUGAACUGCCCUUUUUUCUACCUGGUCUCAGAUGUGGUGUAUUGGGGACUACUUUUGUCCAAUGCUACCCUCACCCCCAGUGCUGAUAGAGGAUCUCUGCCAGUGAGAAUCAGGUCUCAGGAAGCCACAUCUGUGAAGCACAGGACUCAGCAGCUUUCUUUGGAGAUUUCCCAGGUGAAGAUUUACAUGCCAGACUGAAAUUACACCUUGUUCAAAAACCAGGUGGCCUGUGCUCUCCCACACAUGUUCUCUAGAGGCAGUGGCCUGGUUUCAGGGAGAAGAGGGAGCAGAACAGUGUUUUAGACAAGGACCCGCUCUGGUGUUGACUGGCUUGAGGCAGAAAGGAGAGGCAGUGAUGGAGCGCACUGUUCAAAGACAAGUCAGGUCUCCAAGGGUCCCAGGCAGGCUAGAGGAGGUGUACGCCUGGCCACGGGCCACUCAGGUCAGCCAGCCUGAGUCGUGGCCUUGAAACAGCCUGAAGCCCUCCCACCACGCUGCAGGUGUCUGAGGCCAGCCAACCUCAGAGCACUGCGGCUUGGGUGGGGCUGAGGGGAGGAGUCUGGGAGUCGCCCUAAAUUCAGAAGCCGCCACUGCCAUGGAGGCUCCUGGGGUCAUUUCGUUAUGGCCUGGUUCCAUCUUUGUCUUGUCUAGGAACCUGAGUGGGCUACUUGGUGUCCCGCUCUUUUAGUACCUGCUCUAGUGUGGAGAGCCUGAGCCAGAGUCCAGAAACUCAGAGUUGAUAGUGAGAAGAAUCCAUCUAUGAGCCAGGAAAACUGUUUUCUUUAAGCUUUCUCUGCUCAAGACUGCUUAUGUAUUAGCUGAGGGCAAUUCAUUGAACUCCCUGGGACUCAGUUUCCACACCUGUGACAUAGAGGGCUGGUCUGGAAGGUCCUCACAUAGUGUAGUGCAGAGAAGAAGAUCAGGUCUAGCUGUGGCUGCUGUUUCCCUCUAAGUGCAGAAGGUGAGACAGAACUGGGAAGCCAUCUCUCUCAGAUGGUUUUAUUUUAGUGCUUGAUGCUGUCCAGGCUGGGGCUUCAUUUUGGUUUGAGGGUGGCUGUCAUUCCAUGGAGAGGGUGAACUUCUGCUGUGGCCCCCAGGAGAGGGGGAUGCUGGGCUCCAGGCAGACCAGCACUUGGGCUCUGGCAAGACCCAGCUGGUGCCUAGGGUGAUAAGUCUAAGACCUCCCACUCAGAGUAACUGCUUGUGAAAUGCCAACGUUACGUUCACUGGCUGUGCAGGGGCGCAUGUGCGCAUACACACACACACACACACACACACACACACACACACACACAGGAUGUCCAGGAUGGCUGUGGUGAGGCGACCUUCCCUGUCAAUCCUGGUCCCUAGGGUCCCCCAGCACUUCAGGGUCCCAGAUGUGGUUGAUGUUACAGGUGUGUGACAUGCUGCUGUGGUCCUCUGCCAGCUUCACUCAUGUGUGGAUUUCAGAAGGCACCUACGCUUACCCCUGGGGCCUGACCACACAGCUCCCAUCCCAAUGGACAGAGGCUAUGGUCGACCUGCGUUUCUUCCUGGUCCUGUGCUUCCUCUAGCUUGUCUGUCCCCUGGGUUCCCCCUGUGGCUUGGAAGCCACGUCCCUGGCUUGUACAUAUGUGAUUGCUGUGGGCACACCCUGGACCCUGUGUCAUAACCACCAUCCCAACGUAACGACUCCAGUCCCUGAUGUCUUACACCUGAGUGUUAGCUAUAGGCUCCUGUACUGUUUGUGUGCACUUAAGGCUCUGUCCAAUUAAGAAAUAAACGUGGCUCUUAUGCAACAUACA